AUGGCAAGAACUAAAAAGGCCCAGCCAGGAAACAAACGGCGCCAGCUGCAACUCCUUGCUCGGCAGUCCUCAAGCCGGGCGGCUCCAAAGACCUCCCAAGCUGCCACUCAGCUCACGCGGCAGAGCAUCCUGCCGUACCGUGCAUUCACACUCAAUCCAUACGCGAUCAUGUUGGGCGAGCACGUUCAUGACAAAGCCCAUGUCGCAGCCAUGGAGGGUAGGAAAGAUGUAACGUGGGAUGCUCGUGGUGCCGUUUUCGAUCAGCCCAGACCCAUUAUAUCCGUCCAUCUUCUACGGAACCUAGACGUCACUGACGAGCACAUCUUUGACCUCCUGAAUCGCGGCGCCCUGUUUUACGAUUCGAUCGAGGAUUUCCAUGUGGGCUCCGUCGAGCCGGGCAGCGCGAAUAGUCUUACAAACCAUUCCAUCUUGCCACUUGCCCGUAACUGCCCAAAUAUCAAGCAGAUCAGCCUGAAAGGUGCCACCAGGAUGACAGAAGGAACUCUAAUGGCUUUUUUGCAGCACUGCCCGCAGCUUGAAUACAUUGACAUCUCUGGUGCUUGGGAUAAACUCGGUCAAGUCAAAUCACAUGACGGCGGCAACCUCCUUGACGACGCUAUUCUUGCAGCACCGAAGCUUCGCAAGCUGGUUCUCUGCAACCAGCGCUCAAUAACCGAGAAGGGCAUGCGGGUACUUUCCAUGAAAAGACCUGGCCUUGAAAUUUGCUGUGGCCGAACCGGACAUGGAGGCAAGGAUAUCAGAACAUUCUGGUGCGGUCAAGAGCUUGAUGCGACUGGACAUAUUCCCGAGACAAGUUCGGAGCUAGUUCCCUCCGAUAAAAACAACACUUUGUGUAAAAGCAAAGAGGUAGUGGUCAUCAGUGACGACAGCGAUGACAGCAACGCCAAGUCUGAUCGUCAGGAUAUUAUUGUAUUGAGCGACGAUGACGACUAUGGAUCAAAGGACCUUGAUACCCGUACAAACAAAGGCAAGGACGAAGGCGUUUAUCAUCUCAAGUUGUCGGACUAUGAGAUGGACAAGGGGUUUGUCUCCCAGGAGCUCUUCGGAGUGGCAGGAUUGGAUUCCAUCUUGGCAUCUCGCCGCACUUCGGGAUGA